AUGGCUGAUGAACAAGAUCUUCUUGAUUAUGAUGAACCUGAUGAAGUACCACGAAAAGAAGAUAAAAAUACUAAUAAUGGUGUAACAUCAAUACAAAAUGGAAGUUCAACUGGUACACAAAGUGGAGCAAUACGAGGUUCAUAUGUAUCAAUACAUGCUAGUGGUUUUAAAGAUUUUCUUCUUAAACCUGAAUUACUUCGUUCCAUUAUGGAUUGUGGUUUUGAACAUCCAUCGGAAGUUCAACAUGAAUGUAUUCCACAAGCUAUUCUUGGUACAGAUAUUGUAUGUCAAGCUAAAUCUGGUAUGGGUAAAACAGCUGUUUUUGUACUUGCAACACUUCAACAACUUGAACCUGUUGAUGGACAAGUAUCAGUAAUUGUUCUUUGUCAUGCACGUGAAUUAGCAUUUCAAAUAAGUCGUGAAUAUGAACGGUUUUGCAAAUAUAUGCCAGCCGUUAAAGUAUCGGUAUUUUUUGGUGGUUUACCAACUAAAAAUGAUGAAGAUGUUUUAAAAAAAAAUUGUCCACACAUUGUUGUUGGUACACCUGGUCGAAUUUUAGCAUUAGCUAAAAGUAAAGUACUUAAUUUACGUUAUGUCAAACAUUUUGUUAUUGAUGAAUGUGAUAAAGUACUUGAAUCACUUGAUAUGCGUCGAGAUGUACAAGAAAUAUUCAAAAUGACACCACAUGAAAAACAAGUCUUAAUGUUUAGUGCAACAUUAAGUAAAGAUAUUCGACCGGUGUGUAAGAAAUUUAUGCAACAACCAAUGGAAAUUUAUAUUGACAAUGAAACUAAAUUAACACUUCAUGUAAAUUGUGGCCCACAGUACAGUGGCUCUUGGUGUAGUAUAUCAGGUGCACCAGGAAAAUUGUAUUAUGGUCGAGGUUGGUUUCAGCUCUCAUGGCCAUGUAACUAUUACUCUGCCGGUCAGUCUCUUGGCGUUGAUCUUCUUGCAGAUCCAGAUAAGGUCGAAAAUGAUCCUCAGGUAGCGGUAAGCACGGCUCUCUGGUUCUAUGAUGCAAAUGGUAUGGCUGCGCCAGCUCAAAUAGGUGAUUUUGCUUCUACGACGCGCCUCAUCAACGGCGCUAUCGAGUGUAAUAAUGGACCAGGUUAUACUAAUCAAUUGACCAGAGUAGAGACCUACAAACGUGUACGUCUAUGCUUCAACCUUGGAGCACCUACGAUAAAUCCCGUCUGCUAA